AUGGUUCAUUCACCUUUUCCUCAAGAAUACAAUUCUAUCAACUUACCCGAUUACAUAAUUUCGGACGGAAAUUUAUCUUUGUCUGCUUCUGAAAAUAUUUAUGGAUUUGAAUCUUUAUAUAAUAAUCCUUUCGCUUCAAUUAAUGCUUCAUUACCUCUGAAUACAAUUCCUGACUUUGAUAAUACUACAAACUUUGGUUAUGGAGAUAUUCCUGACCCAUCAAUUGUGGCUGCUGCUGCUUCAUCUGGAAAUUCCCCAAUUUCUAGUUCCGAUUCUACUUAUGAAGAAGUUUUGUGUGAUAAUCAUCAAAUUGAAGGUAAUUUGGAUUCCUCUGAUGAUCAAGACAACUCACAGAAGAAUUCUCCUUCUGUAAAUGGGUUGUAUGACCCUUUAGCUGGAUUGGCUACUGCUGCUUCUAUGAUAUCUUGUAACCAAGAUUCAGUAAAUGGUGAGGUGGAUGUCCGAAAUCGUAGACCCCACUUGGUUUUGGAUAUUAAACCUAACGCUUAUGAUUUCGGAUACAUAGAAUCACUCGCUAGUUCCCCUUCAUCCGCGGUUACUAUGCCUCCAACCCCAGUUUACUUUGACGUAACUAAUUCAACUAUACCUGAUAGCUACACUUUUUUCCAAACUGAUCAGUCCGGUUCAAUCUUUACUGCAGAUAAAAUUAUUGAAAAUCCUCAAACAGUUUCUCCAGCUGCAGUUACCUUCACCCCAAAUUACACUUCGAUGAUUACCCCAAACACAGCUACUCUUGACUCGGAACAAGAAUAUUUUAAUCAACAAUUUCAUUCUCAGUCACAUUCACAACCAAGACGACGUAAAAGUAUUUCAACAUCGAAUCCACAAAAUAUUAAAACUGAACCUCGUACUCCAGCUCUUUCACCACCUGAAUCACCUAAUGAAUCAAUAUCAUCUGCUUACUUACUCAGAGUGCCACCACAAGCAUUAUGA